AUGUCCAGCUCCCCGCUGUCCAAGAAGCGCCGCGUCUCCGGGUCCGGCUCCGAGGCGCCCACGGGCUCCAGCUGCCCCUCCGCCCCCAGCGCCCCGCCCGCGUCACCCAGCGCCACCCCCGCCAACGGCAUGGCCAAGAACGGGGGCGAAGCCGACAUCGAUGAGGGUCUCUAUUCCCGCCAGCUGUACGUGCUGGGCCACGAGGCCAUGCGGCGCAUGCAGGCGGCCGCCGUGCUGGUGUCGGGCCUGCGCGGGCUGGGCCUCGAGGUGGCCAAGAACCUGGUGCUGGGCGGGGUCAAGGCCGUGACCCUGCACGACCCCCAGCCCGCGGCCUGGGGCGACCUGGCCUCCCAGUUCUACCUGCGGGAGGAGGACGUGGGCCGGGGCCGCGCGGAGGCGACGCUGCCGCGCCUGGCCGAGCUCAACUCCUACGUGGCCGUGAGCAGCUGCGAGCGGCCGCUCAGCGAGGCGCUGCUGGCCGCCUUCCAGGUGGUUGUUCUCACCAACUCGCCGCUGGAGGAGCAGCUCUGGGUGGGCGACUUCUGCCACAGCCGCGGCAUCAAGCUGGUGGUGGCCGACACGCGGGGGCUCUUCGGGCAGCUGUUCUGUGACUUCGGGGACGACAUGGUGGUGACCGACACCAACGGGGAACAGCCGCUCAGCGCCAUGGUCUCCAUGGUGACCAAGGGCUGCCCCGGCGAGGUGACGUGCCUGGACGAGGCGCGGCACGGCUUCGAGAGCGGCGACUUCGUCACCUUCGCCGAGGUGGAGGGCAUGGAGGAGCUCAACCGCUGCGGCCCCGUGGAGAUCCGCGUGCUCGGCCCCUACACCUUCAGCAUCGGCGACACCAGCGGCUACGGGGACUACGAGCGCGGGGGGGUCGUCACGCAGGUCAAGAUGCCCAAACACGUCGCCUUCAGGCGGCUCCGCGACGCCCUCCUGGAGCCCGAGUUCGUCAUGAGCGACUUCUCCAAGACGGAGCGGCCGCUGGCGCUGCACCGCGGCUGGCAGGCGCUGCACGCCUUCGUGCGCCGGCGCGGGCGGCUCCCGCGCGCCCGCCACCAGGGCGACGCGGACGAGGUGCUGGCGCUGGCGCGCGAGCUGUUCCCGGGCGCGGAGCUGCCGGCCGAGCUGCUGCGGGAGCUGGCGCUGCAGGCGAGCGGCGACCUGGCGCCCGUCAACGCCUUCAUCGGCGCCCUGGCCGCCCAGGAGGUCAUGAAGGUAGCGCCGGCGCGCGGAGACACGGACACGCG